CCGUGCUUGCUCCUCGACGGCUUCUUCCUCAUCUCCGUCGCCGGCCUCACGACCGCCACCACCUCCAUCUGAGCUUUAAGAUCUACUCCAAGUUAGCUCCAAGAACCUGUCCAAGUUCCUCUCCUAGGUCUAACCUAGGUCUGAUUCGUACGGUGAUGAGACGGGCGCGGGUAAGAGGUAGUCAAGCUCAAGUUCUAGGCCAUCCUCACCGAGGUAAACUUCAGCUAUGACAUCAACAAGCUCGACGACUGCUUGCUGAUCUGAUAAUGGGUUCUUCGGAGGAGGAUGUUAGGCAGUUCAUGUUAGAUGAGGAAGAAUUGGACGAUGAACUUUUCUUUGUUAUUGUCCCUGUUGUCAUGUCAUGUCUCUAUGAUGAAAAGAUACCAGAACACACGUCAUCUCUUCCUGGUGCCACAAAGGUCAAAGAAAUCCUAGAAGGCCACAAAAAUUGGUGCAAGUCAGAGUUUAGAAUGGAGGUUGAGAUCUUUAGAGCUAUAGCAAAUCUUCUCAGAGCAGAAAACUUAUUACACGACACACGUGGUGUUAAGAUUGAGGAGCAAUUAGGAAUAUUUUUGUUCAUGCUCUCCCAUAAUGCUAGCAUUGAAAUGCUAAAGAAAACAUUCCAACACAGUGGUGAGACAAUUCAUAGGAAAGUCAAUGAGGUCUUCGAUAUAAUUCCAACAUUGACUCAUAGAUUCGUCAAGCUUCCAAAUCCAAACCAAACACAUGCCAAGAUUUUAUCAAACCCUCGGUUCAUGCCGUUCUUCCAGAACUGCAUUGGCGCCAUCGAUGGGACACAUAUCCCUAUUACGCUCAAUGAAGAUAAGGCCCCUCCUUUUAGAAACAGAAAAGGGACAUUGUCCCAGAAUGUUAUGUCCGCUUGUGACUUUGAUCUCAAAUUCACUUUCAUCUCUUGUGGGUGGGAAGGAUCUGCGUCUGAUGCAGGAGUCCUACGUUCUGCUCUUACGAAGGGGUUUCAUGUACCGCCAGGGAAAUUCUAUCUUGUAGAUGGCAAAUAUGCUAACACUCCAUCAUUCAUAGCAUCGUGUCGAGGAGUUAGGUACCACCUUGACAACUUUAGAAGGCGUGGAUCAUCGCAGAGAAAUGAGUAUGCAAACUACAAGGAGUUGUUUAAUCAUCAGCAUGCACGACUUCGGAAUCAUAUUGAAAGGGCAUUUGGGGUGUUGAAAAAACGGUUUUCAAUUCUGAAAGUGGGAACACACUAUCCAAUUGAGACUCAGAUCAAGAUUCCUACAGCAGCAGCAGCGGUAUUUCACAAUAUAAUUAGAGCACACAAUGGGCAAGAUAAAUUGGCUAGAUCACCAACCACAAUAUAUCAAUCCAACCACUUUUGUUGAUAUGCUGGAGGGGGAUAACAGUUAUCCAAGUGAGAUAGAAUCGAGUGAUGGCAACACAUUACGAGAUCAAAUCGCGCAAGCGAUGUGGGCUGCCUAUAAUAAUUAGAUGCAAUGUCAACAUCCCAGGGUACAAGGACUGCAUGGAGCUACACGUAUGAGAAAGGACUGGUGGAUGUAAUGAAAGAGCAUGUCAAUAUCCCAAUGUACAGGGCACAAAAUAGCUGGACAGCUGAAGGUUGGAGGAAUAUCACAAACAAAUUCAAUGAUAUGUUUCCAACGACACAUUUCACAAAGCAACAAGUGCAAGAAAAGGAGAAAGAGCUAAAAGGAAGUUAUAAGAUAAUAAAAGAAGCGAGGAAAAGUGGUGUUGGCUGAAACGACAGUUUGGGUAUGAUCAUUGCAGAGCCAAAAGGUUGGAAAAAGUUGAUUAAGGAUAACCACAAAGUUCCCAAGUUCCGCAAGAAGCCAUUUCUUUUAUAUAACAACUUGGAUUAUUGUAUGAAGGAAGUAUAGCCACUGAAGAUUUGAAUUUUACAUCAACCGAGCCACCUAACAUGACAGCAUGACCUCCAAUUGAAAGAAGUCACUCUAAGCAAAGUACACAGGACACGGCUGCUGGCUUUGAUUCUAUUGGCAUCAAUUUUGGUACAAAUCCUUUUUCUGAAAUUGAGGGCCAGAAGUGCAAUCUGCACCACCCUAUCUCAAUCUAGAGGAGCAACAAAGUGCUAGUGGAAAAAAAUGCAAGCAAAGUCAAAUGGUAGCUAAACUCGGCGAAUUUAUAGACUUGAGAAAGAUCCAGAUGGAGAAAAAUCAGGAAAAACUAGAUGAGAAGAAGAAAAAAGAAUAUGACUAUUCUGUAGAAAAGUACAUUGUUGUUGUGGAUAGUAUAGAAGACCUAACUAUUGAGCAGAAGGCAGAUGCUAAUGAGCUCUUUCAAUCUGAGAUGAAUCGACAGAUAUUUAUGAUGGCUAAAAAUCAAGCUGUUCGACUAGUUUGGCUAAAGAAAAAAAUUCACAGAAUUAGACAUGAAAUGUCUACCUGCCUCGUCUUGUGUGUUCAUCUCUUUGCUGCUAGCACUGGACACAAAGGAGUAGAGGGUAGCUAGCUAAGAUUGAACUUUUAAUUUGUGUUCGUGUUCCAUGAUGAAUAGAACUGUAUUAUUUCGACUUUGGAGCUGUACUUUGACAAUAGGUGCAGAUUCAAGCUUCUUUGAGAACUAUCUUGCUUUGUGCUAAAUUACCUAUGUAAUUAUGCUGUAAUUUUGGAGUCGUAAUCUCUAUUGGAGCUGUAAUUUUGGAGCCGUAAUCUCUAUUGGAACUGUAUUAUUACUGCUUGAAUUUUGGUCUACAUUUGAGCUAUACAA